CCGUUCGUGGAGGUGGUGCGCGUUAUCGCUCCUUCGGCUCCUUUCUCAACAGUGCGCGAAAAGGAAUUUUCUGAUUUCUGCACAUACGUCUCAAGGCUCAUUCUCAGCAGGCAUGACGAACGUCAGGAGUACGUGGUCGCUGGGACUCGUAAUAUUUAUUAUAUCAGCACACGUGCAUGAUUCCCUCGCAAAACAUUAUCAUAUAAAAUUAAGGCACGGAAGGCAUCGCCGACAACAUGGCGAAAGUUAUCUGCCUAGCAGCUUCGUAUCAGACACAGAUGAGCCCGAGAGAGGCAAUUGGGGACCAUGGUCGACACCCAGUUCCUGUUCGCGCUCCUGCGGUGGCGGAGUCGCUCAUCAAACUAGACAAUGUCUCGAUAUCGAUGAUAGUGGUCAUGACAAGUGUACUGGUGCAUCCAGAAGAUUUUUCUCGUGUAAUAUUCAAGAAUGCCUUGGUGAAUCGACAGAUUUUCGUGCGGAACAGUGUGCGGAGUUUAACAAUGUACCCUUCGAAGGAGUUUAUUACGAUUGGAUUCCGUACAUCGGAAGUCCAAAUAAAUGCGAACUAAAUUGCAUGCCACGAGGAGAGCGAUUUUUCUACAGACAUAAAGUCGCUGUGAUCGACGGCACUCCUUGUGAAUCCGAAAAGAACGAUGUUUGUGUCGAAGGCAAAUGCAUGCACGUCGGAUGCGAUAUGAUGUUGGGCAGUGAUGUCAAGGAAGAUGCGUGUAGAGAAUGUAGUGGCGAUGGCUCAAAUUGCAAUACCGUUACCGGCUUAUUUGAUACAGACGAUCUUCAAGUAGGAUAUAUCGAUAUUUUACUUAUUCCCGAAGGUGCGACAAAUAUCAUUAUCAAAGAAAAUUAUCCAUCCAACAAUUAUUUAGCCAUACGCAACACAACCGGACAUUAUUAUUUAAAUGGUAAUUGGAGGAUAGAUUUUCCACGCAGCUUGCGCUUUUCUGGUACAAUCUUUCAUUAUGCUAGAGAUCCUCAAGGAUUUGCAGCACCCGAUACCAUCACGGCUUUGGGACCUACAAAUGAAUCGAUUUACGUUGUGUUGCUGUACCAAGAUCGUAACGUGGGAGUGCAUUACGAGUACAGCAUACCUAAGAAGUUUUCAGCGCGUACCGAUCCGGAUAGUUACACUUGGGUAACCGAUGAAUUUUCAAGUUGCAGUGUUAAUUGCGGUGGAGGCUACCAAUCGAGACGGGUAGCUUGUGUACGGAGGCGUGAUAAUCAGCCAGUGGAUGAGAGUUUAUGCGAUCCGCAGUUGGAACCGACUGACACUCAAAGCUGUAGCGAAGAACCAUGUCCGCCUAUUUGGGUAGAAGGCUCAUGGUCAACUUGCACCAAACAUUGCGGUGAGGGGGGCGAGCAGACUAGAGAGAUAAAAUGCGAACAAAUCAUCUCAGGUGGAAUAGCUUCCGUAGUAGAUGAUUCUCAAUGUUUGGAAAAAGUGGGACCUAAAGGGCUUACUAAGCAAGAAUGCAACAAAAACGUAGAUUGUCCACAGUGGCACGAAGGGCCCUGGAAGCCUUGCGAUCAUAUAUGUGGACCUGGUAAGCAAACGAGAACAGUUACGUGUUACAAGAAGGUCGAUGGCAAGAUCCAAGUGUUGGAAAAUGGAGCAUGUGAAGCGGAAAUGCCUGAAAAUGAAAAGGCUUGCGAGCUGAGACCUUGCGCUGGUCUCGAUUGGGUUACUUCGGAAUGGAGCGGGUGCGAAGAGAAAUGUGAUCUCAUCAAAGAAACCAGAACGGCCCAUUGCGCUACUCAAGAUGGCACAGUUUAUCCAGAUAAUUUGUGUGAUCCAGACAAGAAGCCAGAAUUAGAAAGAGACUGUGAUAAAGCUAAGAAUUGCGAUUUUCAGUGGUUCUCCUCGCAAUGGAGCGAAUGUUCGGCAAAAUGUGGAUACGGCGUUCAAAUGCGCAAAGUGUUCUGUGGCACUUUUAGCAACGAUAUUGUGAAGAAAGUUUCGAGUGAGAAUUGUGACCCCAAAAAAAAAUUUGACAAUAUUAAAAAUUGCACCGCUGAAGAACCAUGUAAAGGCGAAUGGUUUGCAGGGCCUUGGAGCAAGUGUUCGAAACCAUGUGAUGGUGGCGAUAUGACUCGUAAAGUAAUUUGUAUGAAGGACAACAAAACCGUACCUGUGAAUCAGUGUAAUGCCGACAAUAUCAUAUUCUCUACUGAAAAAUGCAAUGAUCAACCUUGUGAAGAAGGCGUGACACUAAUCCUCGAGAAGCCAGAUGAAACGAUAGACUCGAAGGAGGAAGAGUGUGAGGAGGAAGAGGAAGAGGAAGAAGAACAAUAUGCUGUUGAAUUCAAUCUUCCUGUGGGGAAAGUGAAGACAAUGGACAAACUAAUAGAGCAAACAGAAACAACAACUCCGAAUUUAUUAUUUACCGGAAGUGACACUUACGACAUUAUGUUUAGUGAUUCUACGAGAGGCGAUAUAUCACUUUCCGAAUUGGGUAGCGGCGAAGGUAGUGGUGACGAUAAUUUUACCAUGUUUGAUACUAGCUUAUUCACCGGUAGCACUAUCGAUAUUGAUUCUACCGUUGUCGAAGAGAGCGAAAGUUCAAUUAGUGAAAUUACUACGGAAGGCAAAACCGGCACAACUGAAUUCGGAAUAGACGUAAAUGAGUCAUCGGACAUCACUGAAGGAACUGACGUAACGCUCGAAGGAUCCGGUACCAGCUUUGAAGGAUCCGGUGCAUCCACAGACGAAUUUACUCAAGAAACUCAAGUCUCAGUAUCGAAAUUUGAUAGGACAACAGAACAAUCAACAGAUUAUUCCGUUACUAUCACCAGCGAAUUGACUAGCAAUGUAGAUAUCGAAUCAACUGUUAGUAAAAAUUCAGAAACAACAACUGAAUCCAGUGAUACGACAACCGAUUCAGAUGACAUAACAAGUGAUACGACAACCGAUUCAGAUGACAUAACAAGCAAUACAAACGAAUCAACUAAUACCAAUACCGUUACCACUUCAACAGAAACCACUGAAUCCACUGAAUUCACUGAAACCACUGAAACCACUGAAACAGAUACAACAGAUACAGCCGAUACUGAAACGACCGAUUCGACAGAGAGUGAAACAACAGCAACUACUGAAUCUACAGACACGACCGAGUCUACGCAAUCUCCACCAAGUACAUUUUCAGAAUUAUCUUCAUCAGAAACAACAACAGAGAUUACAACAACAGAGAAAAUAGAAACGACUGCGAGCGAGAUUACUACAUCCGAAACGAUGACGUCAACAAUGAUUUCUCAACAAACAACAGAAUUGAAAGUACAAGGAGAGUAUGAUUUCGGUUCCGAGGAACAGAGUACUGAUGCCAUAACUACGGUAUCAAGUCAAACAGACGAGAGUACAACAGUUAACACUACAACAGAUAACAUUAGUACAGAAACCACUAUUGUUUCUGGGAUGAGUUCAUCGGAUAAGACUGAAACAACUGGCAGCGAAAUAACCGAAUCGGGAGAGACAACUGAGUCCAGCACUAGCACGGAAUCGACUGAGAUAACGGAAUCCGGACUAACGACUGAAUCUAGCGACGUUACGACCUCAAACACAAUUGUCGAAUCAGACGCAACAGAAUCUAGUGAGACUAUCACCACAGUUUCUACGGAAACGGAAAUUACGGAGACUACUGAGUCAAUUAUGACGACUAAAUCAAGCGAGACAACUGAAUCAUUAAUUACAACAUCGUCUUUUGAAGAGACAACAGUAUCUGGUGAAAUCAUUGUGACAGAAAUUACGUCCUCCACAACCAGUGAAGAAAUCGAUCUUACCGAAAAGACUCAUAUCACAGAGGUAUGGACAACCAGCUUCCCAGAUACAACGGCGCACAAACGGCAAUGCAAACCAAAGAAGAGCUGCAAGAAAACACCGUUCGGAUGUUGCUACGACAAUAUCACUGCUGCUCAGGGACCAUUUGGUCAUGGUUGUCCGAUGCCGCAAACAUGCAACGAGACGCGAUAUGGUUGCUGUUCCGAUGGCGUGUCACCAGCCAUUGGUCCCAAGAACAAAGGUUGUCCAGAUUCUCGUUGUAAUGAAUCACUUUUUGGUUGUUGUCCUGAUGGUGUUACUACAGCGCAAGGCAACGAUUAUGAAGGAUGCAAGAGACCAUGUAAAGAAACAGAAUUUGGAUGUUGUCCAGAUAACGAGACUGCAGCUAGUGGAAAGGAUUAUUUGGGAUGUUGUAAUGUAACUGAAUUUGGUUGUUGCCCAGAUGAUAUUAAAGCCGCUUCUGGUCCUAACAGCGAAGGUUGCGAGGAAGAAGUCACUUCUGAAACGGAGACAUAUGAAAUAACAACCCAACCUGUUUCACUAGAAGAUUGUGCAAACACCACUUACGGUUGCUGUCCUGAUGGUAUUACCAUUGCAACUGGUAUCAAUUUUGAGGGUUGCGGUGUCAUUAAUAACGAAAAUUGCAGCGCGUCCUACUUUGGAUGUUGUUCUAAUGGAGUUUUCGCGGCUCUCGGACCGGACAACUAUGGUUGUCGUAUGCCAUGUCACGACAGUGUUUACGGAUGCUGCGAGGAUGGAAUAACGCCGGCACAUGGACCGAACAACGAAGGUUGCUGCUUAUCGACACCAUACAAAUGCUGUCCGGAUAACAGUCUGCCAGCCCGUGGGCCAAACUUCUACGGCUGUGGCUGCCAAUACACGAGAUUCGGUUGUUGCCCGGAUAAUUCGACAAUAGCGCGUGGACCAAACAACGAGGGUUGUGGCUGUCUAUACACACCUUAUGGUUGUUGUCCGAAUCGAUUUACUCCCGCCAGCGGACGCAAUUUCGAGGGAUGCCCGUGUUACACUUACCAAUUUGGAUGUUGUCCCGACGGUAUUACUAUCGCCAAGGGCUCUCAUGGUCAAGGUUGUGGAUGCGAGAAUACAAAAUAUAAAUGUUGCUCAGAUGGUAGAACACCUGCUAAAGGACCAAAUUUUGCGGGCUGUACCUGCGACGCAUCACAAUAUGGAUGCUGUCCGGACGGAAUUGAGGAAGCUCAAGGGGAGAACUUUGAAGGUUGUAUCACAAUACCUUCGGUGCCCGGUGCCGCAUGUGGUUUGAAAAAAGACAGAGGCUCUUGUCGAGAUUUUACGGUCAAGUGGUUCUAUGAUACCGACUACGGUGGUUGUUCAAGAUUUUGGUACGGAGGUUGCGAGGGCAACGAAAAUCGAUUCAAAACACAGGAAGAAUGUAAAGAAGUUUGCGUUCAACCAAAAGGAAAAGCUGUUUGCUUUUUGCCAAAAAUCUCUGGUCCUUGUGAAGGAUAUCAUCCAACGUGGUAUUAUGAUACCGGUAGAAAGCAAUGCGGUCAAUUCGUCUAUGGAGGUUGCCUCGGCAAUGCCAACAAGUUUAAAACAAGAGAAGAGUGUGAAGAACUUUGUGUCACACCGAACGACAUCGAUCCUUGCGAUCAGACGAAAGAAGCAGGUCCUUGCGCAGGCAAUUUCACAAAAUGGUACUUCAACCGAGAAUCGCAAACUUGCGAACAAUUCGUAUACGGUGGUUGCAAAGCGAAUGACAACAACUUUCCGACAGAAAUUGCUUGCCACCAACAAUGCUUACAGCCAGGUCGAAGAAAAGAUAUUUGCACGUUGCCGCGGGCGGAGGGUACAUGCGUAGAGAAGCAAUCUCGAUGGUAUUUUGAUCAAUCGGAGAAUCGCUGCAUGCCAUUCUAUUACACUGGCUGUAAUGGCAAUAAAAAUAAUUUUGAAUCUAGAGACGCAUGCGAGUCUGAUUGUCCGCCUAAAAUUGAGCAAGAUAUCUGUCUCCUACCCGCUCUUCUGGGAGAAUGCCAUAACUACACUCAACGAUGGUACUACGAUUCCUACGAGCAACACUGUCGACAGUUCUAUUACGGUGGAUGCGGCGGAAAUGAGAAUAAUUUCAUAACUGAACAUGACUGCAUCAAUAGGUGUGUAGCGGUUAUCACCACUCCGCCUCCACCAGGACAAGUUGAGUUCCAGCCAGAAUUCUGCUUCUUACUCGACGAACAUGGUCCCUGCUCCGAAAAUCAAGUAAAAUGGUUUUAUGAUAGUCGUGAUGGUGUUUGCAAACAAUUCCGAUACGGCGGCUGUCAGAGUAACGGCAAUAAUUUCAAUACUCGCGAAGAGUGCGAAUAUCGCUGCGGAGAAGUUCAAGAUCCUUGCACUCUACCAGAAGUAAUCGGCCCUUGUGACGGUUUCGUAAAGCAAUUCUACUAUGAUAAGCGCACUGAUUCUUGCUACGAGUUCGAGUAUAGUGGCUGUCAAGGCAACAAAAAUCGCUUCCAGGAUAGGGAAUCUUGCGAGAAAAAAUGUAAACGGCAAACGGCUGCGGUUACACCGGAGAUUACUCCAACAUUAGCCACGUCAACUCCGCCGACUAGAGAACCAACGAUUUGCUUAGCGCCAGUCGAUUCUGGCGAGUGUAGUGACAGUAUCACCGCGUAUUACUACGAUGCCCAACAUCAGAUAUGUCAGGCGUUUAUUUAUAGCGGAUGUGGUGGAAAUGCUAAUAAAUUUCAAACCGAAGAACAAUGCGAGCGACUUUGCGGAAGAUUUCACAGACAAGAUAUGUGUAAUCUCGCUGUGGACUCCGGUCCAUGCAGAGGUGAUUUCCGCAAAUAUUAUUAUGAACCAGGUUUACGUGUCUGCCGUGAAUUCAUUUACGGUGGAUGCGACGGUAACGCUAACAGAUUCAGUACAAUUUCUGAAUGCGAAUCUAUUUGCAUACACCAUGAAGAGCCUGUACCUCCCGGAAAUGACACUAGCGUUUUAAAUUUAUCAAUCUGUAAAGAACCAGUUGAUAGUGGAUCUUGUACGUCUGGUGCUACAAAGCGAUUCUAUUUCGACGAGGAACAUCAAACGUGCCGGGCGUUUAUUUAUACCGGAUGUGGUGGCAAUCGUAAUAGAUUCAAGACUUUCGAAUCUUGCAUUAAUACUUGCCUUAGGACGAGUAACGAAAUUGAUGUGGAUUCGAAGGAUACGAAAGAUCAAUGUGCGGAGGCCAAGGAAGAGUGUAAUAUUAUUCGUUGUCCAUACGGUAAGGAACAGUACGUGGAUUCGCAGGAUUGCGAACGCUGCCGUUGUGUCGAUCCUUGUAGAACAAAGAUCUGUCCUGAGAGUACUCGAUGCGCCAUUACACUAGUCGCUACGCAAGAUGGCACGGAAUACAAAGGCGUUUGUCAGUCGAUCGUUAAACCCGGUCGUUGCCCAAAAGUAUCCAACAGCACAAGAUGUGAACAAGAAUGUGUCACGGAUGCGGACUGUCCUGGAGAAUGGAAAUGCUGUAACAGUGGUUGCGGCACAUCCUGUCUGGAACCUGCAUCAGAAGAAGUUUCGACAACAUCACGGCCUACCGUUAUCCCGCCACAAUAUGGUGGUGAACCUGCGAUGAUUCAACAACCCGAAGAACCUCAUGUCAGCGCGCAAGAAGGUGACUAUGUUACAUUGAAAUGCGUCGCACUAGGGACUCCCAGACCAAUCAUCACAUGGAGAAAGGAUACUACAUUGAUUGGGCCUUCAGAGAAAAGACGGCGUAUACUACUCGAUGGAUCUCUUCAGAUCAUUAAUUUAUAUACUUACGAUAGAGGUACUUAUGUAUGUACCGCUGAUAAUGGUUUAGGGCCACCGGUAAGGGCGGAGUAUCAAUUAGACAUCACAGAACCAAAUGAACUUCCCGUCGCUAUCAUCGGAGAGCCCGAUGCUCGUAUAACGGUGACGAUGAACUCGCCGAUAACUCUGCAUUGUUAUGCCAUGGGAUGGCCGAGGCCAUUGGUCACUUGGUGGCGUGGCGAUCAAAUGUUACCUCUAUUUUCGGACAAUUACGAGCAAGACACCGAUUAUACUCUUUUGAUACGCUCGGUAACUCUAACCAACCUCGGCGUUUACACUUGCCAGGCGUUUAAUGGCAUCGGUACACCGGCCUCUUGGUCGACAACCUUGCAAGCAAUCGGACCUGUCUACAAUGUUAAAUCUGAACACGAAGAGUACACCAAGUAUCUUGUCCAACCACCGAAGAGACCCACUACCGAAAAACCACAGUAUCCUUACAGGCCUACCAGAACGCAGUCUCCAGAACAUCAAACUUACGCUCCCGUCUAUUCCUCGAAACCACCUCACAUCCCUCGUGUUGUUCCUCUUGAAAUCACUACCACUGAGCCCAGUAGCGCCAAGUUCAAAGUGCCGGUCAAAGUCAAUGUGUCAGCAGGACAAUCACAAUUCCCUGAAGGCAGUGACAUAAGCAUCGCUUGCGAUGUCGAUGGUUAUCCGAUCCCACGUGUACUCUGGUAUAAGGACGACGAACUUAUUCGAACCAACAAUCGAAUAAAGAUUUCUGAACUCAAUCGACUUAUCAUUAGCGACGCAAAUCGGGAAGACUCUGGCCGAUAUCGAUGCGAAGCAGCCAAUGAAUUCUCUUCGGAUUCUGAUAAUGUUGAUAUACGCGUAGCUGGUAUCUUUAUUCAUCCCCAUUGCCAGGAUAACACGUUUUUCGCCAACUGCGAACUUAUUGUUGCAGCCAAGUAUUGUACACACAAAUACUAUGCAAAGUUUUGCUGCCGAUCAUGCACAGAGGCCGGUCAGUUACCAGCGAGAGGACCUCAUAUCGAUAAUUCGAGAAGAAAAAGGAGAUUUAUUCCGCGAAUGCUUGUAUAAAACACCAAAUUGACUUUUCGAUAUUUCCGACACACGUGAUAGCACGUAGGUAAAUAUUAACAUAAAUAUCGAUUCUUGAUUGUAGCCGGCGGGAUUCGUAAUAGAAAAAAAUGAGAAAAAAAUUGCGCGUACCUGCUCUUAUCGGACGUGCCGGAUAAUCGAUUAAUUAAAAAUUAAAUCACUGCCAAAGCCUUAGAGCGUUUAUACAUCGGUCUAAUAUAUAUAUGUAUACUAUAUGUGUGUGUGUGUAUAUAUAUAUGUACACACAUACAGACACA